AUCUUUGGAAUAUCUUUUCAUGCGUUACCGCAAUCACUUGUGCCAGAAUAUGGUUAUAUUCCGAGCUUUCUUGUUGAUUCAUGUGAAUAUUUGGAACAACACAUUCAUACCGAGGGACUCUUCAGAAAGUCUGGAUCUCUUGUUCGUUUAAAAGCUUUAAAGAGUAAACUGGAUCAAGGUGAAAACUGCCUCUCAGCUGCGCUGCCAUGUGAUGUUGCAGGGCUUCUUAAACAGUUCUUUAGAGAGCUGCCAGAACCCAUCCUUCCACCUCACCUGCAGGAAGGCCUUCUCAAAGCUCAGCAGCUAGGAAAUGAGAAGAAAACUGCAACUGUGUUGCUGUCAUGUUUGAUGGCCGACAGAACAAUUGAAGCUUUGAGAUACUUUUUCAACUUUCUGAGAGCUGUGUCCCUAAGAUCCAAUGAAAACAGAAUGGAUAGCAGUAACCUGGCAGUGAUUUUUGCACCCAACCUCUUGCACUCGAAUGAAAAUGAAAAGAUGUCAGCCAGUACAGAAAAAAAAAUUCGCUUGCAAGCUGCUGUUGUGCAAACACUUAUUGACCAUGCAGCAGAAAUCGGACAAGUACCAGAAUUUAUCUUGGAAAAGAUUCCUGCAAUGUUAGGUGUUGAUACCUUUCAAUCUACUCCCUCACUGUGGGGCCACGAAGACAGUGAAAAUGAAUCUCCCAGUGAAUGUAAGAAGAGGAGGCACCGAAGCGUUGGAGAUAUUGUUAGUGGAGCAUUGAAUAAAUUUAAAUCUAACAGAACACCCUCCACUACACCUCAACAAGGCAGAAGCGUCCUUUCAUCAGUGACUCCGGUGGUUCUUACUCCAAGUACCAAGCGUAAACUUCCAACUGAUUGCUCUCAGGGCAUGUCCAGCAAGAAAAGACGAUCUUUUAAGCAUAGUUUUGCUUUUGAGUUGUUACCAAGUAGCAUUUUUAACAGCAGCUCAACACCAGCAUCAGUUCAGUUUGAAGCAAGCCCUUGUAUGUCUCUUGAGUCAUCACAAACCUCACUGUCUCCUUCAACUGGUGGUGAAAAUCAUCUGCCUAGUACAGGGAACAGAAGAAGUAAAAGACAUGCAAGCAAAAAAUUAUACAGGGCUGAAUCAGGAAAGACAGGUUGUUUUUCUCCAAAGAUUAGCCGAAAAGAAAUGGUUCGUAGGUCGUUACGCUUAAAGUUUGGUUUGGGGAAAAGCAACAGAGAAAUGAAUAUUGUAUCAGGAUGUGCAGUUGGUAAUAGAUCUGAAAAUAUUGGAAGGCGUCUUGCAAGUCAACAAGGUUUGGAAAGCAGAACUGAAUGUGCAAAAAGAGAUGUACUCUUCAGCCCAUGUGUCAAUGAAAAAUUCCUUAAGAAAGGUUCAAAGAAUGUGAGCAAGUCAGAAGAAAACUUUCUAACUCCAAAACGUCACGAUAAAGUAGUUCACCGAAUGUCAUGGAAUAAAUCUGUUUUGGUAUUUGGAAAGCCACCAGUUGUUCCAGAUGAGUUCAAAUCCACAACUGUAAGCAAACAAGACAACAGCUUAGAACUUCUUCUUUGUGAAGAUGAGAGUACUUCAACAGCAGAAACAUUACUGAAAGUUAAACAAGCCUUCUCUGCAUCUGGAAGUAAUCGUCACAAUUUGAUAGGUGAUACAAAAUCUUCCUUCUCAGAUGUAGCAGGUGAAACAUUAAAUGAAACUCUGUGUCUCACAGGGCUCAGUCUGGAGAAAGAAUUGUUAGCUCAAGAAGUUUCGGGAAAUCUAGCAAAUACAAAAUCCAGAGAGCUGUUGCACCAAUUUAAUCAAUCUUAUGCUAUUGAUAAUCAGCAAUCAAAAAAAGAUGAAAUUAAAGUUAUGGAGAAAAGAAACUUCAAAACUUCUAUUGAGAUUGAACUUCAGGUCCCGAAACCAGAUAUAAAAAAUGUAACAGAACUUCCUGUGCCUCAAGUACUGGCCAGGGAAGACAAGUUGACUGUUCAGAACAGUUCAUCAAAAGACAACUUAAACAAAUCAGAUUCCUUCGGAAGAAAAGAGGGAAUAGAAUUAAAGCACUCACACACAGCUGAAAACUGUAUGGUAAAAUGCUGUAAUUUGGAAGAAGAUGCCGCUAAACUUUCUGUGGCAGGACAGCUUCCUACUUCACAGUUGCCUAAAUCACAAAAUGAAGCAGGCAACCAAUACUUGCAAGCCGAAAAUUCUGAUAAAACUUUAACUAAAACAUCAACUGUUUCUGACCGUGGAAAGGUUUCUGACCACAUACUAUGGUUCAACAAGCUUUCAUUAAAUGAUCCAAGUUCUGCAAGCAAAACUAAACCACCUCUUAAGUUUCAGCGUACUCCUGUUAGACAGUCUGUAAGAAGAAUGAAUUCCUUAUUGGAGGCUAACAGACGAUCUGUAAGCUCUCAGCUGCUUAAAGCAAGUGAUGUUGGUUCACCACUUGUUAAAUCUUUGAGCUAUGAUUCUGCGCUGUUCUCCUGCACAGAAAAGCCCUCGAAGAAUUCUGUGGCUUUGCCACUCAAGCGUGAAAGUAUGUAUGACCAAGUUUCUGUAUCUCAUAAGCAGCUAGACUUAACAUCCAAAUCAUGUUGCAGGCCGUUAAAUCCAUCAGACAAGCCUGAUGUUUCUGUCAGAACUGCUGGAAUCCAUGAACAGAAAGUGACUGUUCAUCCAUCAAAGUCUGUUCUAGAAGAUCUAACCAAUCAUGAAACAGUGAAAUCCAGUUUAAGAGUUAACGCAAAUAUAAAUAUUCCAGGUGCUGCCCCAGAAAAAUCUACACUCAGAAGAAGUGCUCCAGGAAAAGAAAGAGUUCGUUAUAGAGGCUCUCCAAAGAAUCCAAUAUCUAAAGUGAAACUGCUACCAACUGCAAAACCAGUAGACUUAUAAGAUCAAAUAUGAUGGCUAAAUGGGCUUAUUGUAACUCGGUUAGCCCUUGGAAAAUCUAAAUUUGUAUGAUUAUUUUUUUAGCUCUAAUUAUUUGUAUCUUUUGAUUUAUUUUUUUAACUGUACGAGUCAUGGACUUGUACAAAUAACUUGUUUUACAUUGAGGUUUUCUUCAUUUACUGAAACUUUUGUAAAUGCUAGUCGGUUCAUCCAAGUGAAUUUGACUUCUAAAACAAAACCUGUUUUUACAAAUGUUUGUGUUAGAUCUCAUAUUUGAUUAUCUCAGCUUCUAAAAAGCAUGCUGCCUCUCCCAAAACAAUUUUUGCAGUAUUUAGACUAAGUACAAAGGUUUUAAAAAGAAUUCUCAAACAUUUUAAAACAAAACUAACAGACGUGAAGGAAAAUGUCUUGAUGCUGAGUAUUGGUAGUUAAAUUUAUUUACUUCUUAGUUUUAACUGUAUUGUAGCACUACUUUGAUAUUUAAGUUGGACCUUACACCAGCUCUACUUCAAGGCAAUGGUUUUUAUUUCUAUUGGAGUAAAUUGGGAGCAUAUUUUCCUUGUUGAGUAGGUAAAUGAAUUAUAUUUUGACAUGACACACUGGACAAUUGUUAGAAUGCAUGGAAAAUAAAUGUGCAGUUUAUUCAAGAAGUAAAAAGUCUUAAAACUUCAUCCAGCAAUGUGUUCUGCAAUACAUAGGUAUCGAGUAUUUUCAGUUGUGAGCAGUAAAAUGUUUUAUCUUAAUAUGAAAGGAUGGUUUUAACUUAUUUUUAGAGCAAUAGAAUAGUGUUAACUAGGUGGUGCAGAAGCAGGUUUUGGAUGCUGAUAAUGUUGCAAGAGACGAAUGUAAGAAGCCAUAGUGUGUUAAAACUUGAUUUGCAUGAGCAAAUGUUUACAUCUUUUGGAAUUAAAACUGUUUAUGUCUGUCAUCAGUUGUAAAAUUAUUUAAGAGUAAACACUUGAGACUGUUCGUUAGCUUUCUGUAUCUACGAAUUGCUUAUUGGCAAAAUGUAAGAGCUGAAA